AUGGAGUUUACACAUUUAUCUCUUUUAGCUCUAUUUUGUUUGACUUUUCUGGGAACCAAUGGAUCUAGAUCAGGAGAAGAAUACUGGAAAUCUAUUUGGCCGAACACUCCUAUACCUAGACCUCUUUUAGAUCUACUAUUGUCUGAUAGCAAAACCAGUGUGCCUAUUAGAGACCAAGAAAAGAAUCAAUAUUGGACACUCUUUUUUGAACAUGACCUAUAUCCUGGAAAAAAGAUGAGUUUAGGCAUCCAUAAACAUUCAAAGACACAUGUGUCUGUCGAAAAUACAAAUCAACCUUUUGGAAUUAACACAUGGUGGGAUAAAAAAUCAAGUGAAAAAGCAAACCUACCAAUUGAAUAUGAAAUUAGGAAACCAAUUGAAACUUUUGGAAUUCUUAUAUGGACAGGUAAACCAAAUAAAGGUAUUGGAAGUCUCACAGAAACUGAUAAAAAAAAUGAAAGAUUAAGUCAAACUUCUACAAUACCCCUAUGGACUGAAGAAGAGAGGCACAUUUUUCAAGACUAUUGUGGGAAAUCUUCACCAAUCGGGGAAGAUAAAUAUUGUGCACCUUCUUUAGAAUCAAUGAUGAGUUAUGUGAUUUCGAAACUUGGAAAAAAUAUCAAAGCAAUGUCAAGUUCCUUUUCUCAAAGUCAUGACGAAUAUGUAGUAGAGGAAGUGAAAAAAAUUGGCGACAAAGCAGUAAUGUGCCAUAGACUGAAUUUUAAAAAAGUGGCAUUUUAUUGCCACCAAAUAAAUGCGACAACAACUUACAUGGUUCCAUUGGUGGCUUCUGAUGGAACUAAAUCUAAUGCAUUAACUAUUUGCCACCAUGAUACAAGAGGUAUGGAUCCUAAUAUCAUUUAUCAAGUUCUUAAGGUCAAACCUGGAACUAUUCCUAUUUGUCAUUUUAUUGGCAAUAAGGCUAUUGCAUGGGUACCCAACAAAGAUGUAACCGCAUCUAAUGGCCAUCCUUGUGUUAUCUAG